CGAAUGGCAGAGAAUUAAAACCAAAUAUUUUAUUUAGAAUCUCUCCCUACUUCUAUCAGAAGAGAGGUGAGAGGUCUUAGGUGGCGUUUCGCUUCCAGAAGCUAGGGUGUAGGGGAGCCUCUUCUUCGCACACGCUUACAUGACAUCAAUUCUUACGACACACGGCAUCCUACAUCUUCUCGAUGGACCAUCGCUUGGUGUUACCACUUUUCACUCACACCGCUUUCACUCCCACAGCUGGUGGACAUCUUGUCAGAUGAUAUGCUCAAUACGAGCCUUGGCAUGACAACGUGACCCCAGCUUUGGCACCCUCUCUAUAAAUUCAAAGAUAGAUGACUACCCUCCUCUUCAAUGACUCUGUUUAAUUUUAACCUGUUCUAAUUCCUAAAGUCUGAAAAGAACAACCAGAGUUUUCAAAAUGCAGCUCACACUCCUUCCCUUCUUCCUCCUCGUCAACCUCCCCUUCCUCCUCGCUGCUCCAGUUACCGACGCCGACCCACCGUUUGCCUACGAACAGCUAACCUUCAUCUUCGCUGGCGGGCCAGCAUCUUAUACUCUAACAUUCCCCGCAGACGGAAAUAUGUAUCCAACGAACAACGACCUAUCCGUCUCCCUCAUCGCCCCUGGCACCUUCCCCGCCUACUACGAAUGCAACUUCUACACUCCCCACGACGCGACCAUCGUGCUAACGGGCAUGUCGUCCGCAGGCAGCAACCUUGCUGUUGGGCCGCCGCAGCCGAUUACGGGCGUGGCUUGUAUGGCUACAGGAGCCGGUGGACAGUGUUUGCCUAAUUAUGCGACGUGCGAGUGGUCAGGACAGCAUGGGACGUUUUUGGGGAAUUGCUGUAGUGGGUAUUGUGCCGCGACGAAGUGUAGGCCUACGAGUUGAGCGGGAAGAAGGUUUGGGAAAAUGGUGGAAAGGAUUUUGGUAAAUUUUCUUUCCUGGAUGGUUUGAAGGCAAUGUUUUGGACACCAUGGGAUUCUGGCCAAGGAUUCUCUUUCAUCGCCUAGGGCUUGUCCUUUGCGGCGAAAAACGUUGAAAUCUACUUGUUAUUUCUUAGCGAACAAAUGGACAAAUAAUCGUGCUCCAUGUUCUUCUUAAGGUCUUGAAGUCUACAGUGUUCGGCAUUAGGUUGGACCUACCCAA